CCAUUUCAUAUAAAAACAUUAAAAACUGAUCUUUGAAGCUUGUGAUAAUUAUUUACCAUUCGAUAUUUUUGUUGAAUUUUCACUUAUCAAUCCACUUGGUGUGUUUAGGUACUUAUUUCCUAAAGUAAGUCUGUACUUACUACAUAAAAAUGGAAGACGACAUAGAAAUUUUGGAAAAAGCACUUUUAAACCUUGAAGCCACAGAAACGCAGGAUAAAAAAAGCGACUUUGAAGGACUCUAUAAGAAUUGGGGAAAAUCAGGGAGUCAGGAAGAGAGGCGAGCUCAGUUAUUGGAGACACAAAAAUUGAAUCGACACAACAAAAUAGAUAGGUUCCGUGGUAUUCUGGAACUUGUCAAUACUGUUGAAGACAACAGUAAAAUAUUUAACUCUCAUAAUAAGGUUGCCUAUAGACCAAACAUUUAUGUGGCUGGUUUUCACAAAACUUGCCUUACAUACAGCAAUGUGUUGAUGCUGUCAGAGUGGAUGAUAGAGAAGCCGAGUGAUUUUGAGAAGAAUUGGUUUGUUGUACCCUGUCCCAAGGGGGUGAGGGUGCUUGUUAUUGCCAACAAUGGCACAACCAAAUUCUAUACAAAAUAUGGCCAUUUCAAAUUCGAGCGCCAUACAGGUCUGCCUGGUGGCAAUCCUUACAAUUUUUAUCGUAGAAAUUGCUGCGUACUGGAUUGCUUCUAUUAUGAGUACUCUAAUACUUUGUACGUCUUGGAUUUGCUUGCUUGGAAUAACCAACCAAUGACAGAUGGGGAGACUGAAUUUCGCCAUUACUGGAUGCAGACACAACUUGAAGAUUUUCCUGACACAAAAGUAAUCAACAAGAAAAACAAAGUUAUUAUAGAAAUCCUUCCAAUGAUGCCCUGCACAACUCAUUAUCUUAGCUACAUGCUGAGCUCAUAUCCACAUUUCAAAAACGAUUCUCCCCCACUCGACGGUUUGCUGUUCUACCACAAGAGGGCGCACUACGUCGCGGGGGAGACUCCCCUGGUGGGUUGGCUAUUCCCUUACAUGCUACCCGAGGUUAUUGAUAAAGAGAUCACACUGCACCCACUGUACAUUGGAGAGAAGCCAGCCGAUUAUGUGAAUCAAGCGGAAUUUAUAAAGAAGUUUGAGAUGAAGUAUGCUAAGAAAAACAGACGCCGGACCUCUAGUGCUAUGGAAACAGAUAAAGACAAAGACGCAAACGUGAAAAAAGAAGACAAGAAAGAGAGCAUGGUAAUAGAGACAGACAACAAAGAGGCAGAAAAUACAAAAGAAACAAAAGAUAAACCCAUGGACACA